AAGUACAUCCACCUUUCGCUGGAUUGGAUCGGUUGAUACAUUGCGCAACAUGUACCAGACAGGCACUCACUAUGCGACAGUUUUGUACGCAGAAUAAAAGAGCCAUUCCUCUUUCCGUAGGGGAGCUAGAGCCAAACAUUUUCUCAGUUUUGCGAAUCAAAAUAAAACCGUUUUGCGUCAUCGAUUGAUCGUCAGGACAUUAAUUUUUUGCUAACCAAACGCGUGUGCUUUCACCGUAGUGUAAUUAACAAGUAAAACAAGUGCGUUAUAGAAAACGGUAGCGGAAAAAUGCCUCCCAAAGAACGAAGUAUUGCCAUGAUGGGCUACCGAUCUGUUGGCAAAUCUUCGCUAAGUAUUCAAUUCGUCGAAGGACAAUUUGUGGAUUCGUACGACCCGACCAUUGAAAACACUUGGAACAAAGUUACGCGCGUCAAUUCCACCGAGUACGAAGUGAAACUGGUCGACACGGCCGGCCAGGAUGAGUACAGCAUAUUUCCCGCUCAGUACAGCAUGGACUUCCACGGGUACGUUCUGGUCUACUCGAUUACGAGCCAAAAGUCCUUCGAGGUGAUCCAGAUCAUCUACGAGAAGCUGCUCGAUGUCAUGGGAAAAGCCUAUGUUCCAGUAGUGUUAGUCGGAAAUAAAACGGAUUUACAUCAAGAACGAGCCGUCUCAACGGAAGAUGGUCGAAAGCUAGCCGAAUCCUGGAAGGCACAGUUCCUCGAAACUUCCGCAAAGCAAAAUGAGUCAGUGGCCGAUAUAUUUCACUUGUUGCUACAACAAAUAGAACGGGACAACGGAAAUACCAGUGAAAAGAGCAGCUGCAUCAUAUCCUGAAUUGUCGGCGGCAGAGCUGCUUCCUUCCACAGCAUCACCAUCAGUAUCGUCAUCAUCGCCUCCGCGCUCAUUAUUGCAGACUUCCGUGGUCAAUGUUGGACUUAGUUACAACCUACGAAUAGGACACGGUAACACACGGUGGGUGUCACUGUUACUUGCUGCUACUGAUCACAUUACUAUACUACUAUUCCACCACUUAGUUUCAUUGCAAUCGAAGAAAAAGACAAAAGCAAUGUUUUUAUUUACAAAGUUCUGGGUGUAUCGGAGGGUGUUUAGGCCUCCUCGAAGCUGUGAGAUUGAAAGUAAAAUAUCGACAGGAAUAUCGUAGGAUUCAUUCAAAUUUAAAAAAAAAAUUUAAUGGUCAGGAAGUUGUUGAAGAAAUAAAAACGAAAACGUGCGUGUGUGUGAAUGUUCUCUAUAUGAUUAAUACAAAUAUUUUAUCAUUUCGAAACAGGCAAAAAGCGUCGUGAAUGUAUGAUGAACUAGAAUGGGGAAAACGUGAAAGAAUAUUUUAAAAUGUACCUUAAAACUUUUCAUUGAGAAAAAUCGUUAGUAUAUUAGAACAACCAAUGAAAAUGAAUUACAAACACCGAACGGAAAUGAACUGAACCUGAAGCACAGGGCGGGAAGGCGCUUUACUCGUAGUAGCUAGGGAGAUUGCAAUGUACGAACAAACCGGAAAAGGAUACGAAAGAAGCUUCUUUAUUUUUCGAUCCAUUUUAUUUGUGUUCACUCCAACUGGCCGUAAAGGAGAUGUAAGGGGAAAAUAUUGCAUCGACGGAACACUUCUAGCAGUUAAUAACAAAAUAUACAUUUUAGUGGUAAAUCAAUUGUACCCCCAACUGUGUAUAGUCAAAUCUAGAAAAAAAACGAACUCAAAAGCACACCGACGUAGGUCACACCCCUCUCCGAGAUUAGUGAAGUCUAAGCAAAUUACAAUUGUAAUGCACCACAAAACUAAACCAACGUCUAUUGUCUUUCGACAAAAAUUCGUAUCAAUUUAUCGUUAGGUUCUAAUUUUGUAGUUCGAUUUGCCAACUGAUUUGCCGGUGAUAGCUUUCUAUACCUGUUAAAGAAUUAGUUUUUUCAGGACUACCAGUUCGAUUAAGUUGGUAUAUCAUUUUAGGAGCACGAAAUGCGACAAACUGUUUUGUAUGCAAAGUAGCAUUAGUUGGGUCCCACACAUAGCCAUUAAAGAAAAAGGAAAACAACAAGGAUAAAAACAAACGCAUGCUUGUAAUGUUUGAUUUACUCAAGCAGGUCACACACAAAAAAAGCACAGCGGAAAAAAUUACAAAACUGUAUUUGUUUAACCUCUAAAAAUGUAGCAAUUAAUCCUUAGCUUUAGUGCUUUUAGCGAGAUUCCUUUUGAACAUCAACAACCAUCGUUCAGGCACAGGUGAUUUAGAAA